GAGGUCACAUGACUUGAUACACUGGUAGUCUCGACACCUGAAUUCUUGAGAUCAUCCCGAUGCUUCUCUCCUUCCUACUCGCCCCUCACAGCAAUGAAGCCUUGAAAGCAACUCCCUUCGCAAUUGAACUUUUAAUCACUUGAAGGCCUCCCUAAUGGAGCCGGUAUGACUGUCAAAUUAUCCCUUACUUAGAAUCCAUUUUAGACCAUCCAAUGAGGCUAUCCAUAUCAUGUGAUGCAUGUCGGUGAAAUGCAUCCAUGAAGGAACACCACCUUGUCGACGAUGUCAAAAAGCCAAGAUCGAAGAUUGCACUUUAACAGAUCCCCGGGAAUCAAGGCAACAAAGCAGCAGCGUAGUCAAACCAGGGCCGUCGCGAAAGCGAAAAGCUACCGCUAAUUCAUCGCUCGCCCUGGAAAGUGAUCAUAACGCAAGGCGGCGAAACUCCCGCAAUACCAAGGAUAUUCCUGAGGAUCCAAUCGUAUCUUUGUCUGCGUCGACUAUCAUCAGUGCUAUCGAGACUUAUCGGAAGAAAUUCCCGAUUGCGAACUUUUUGCAUUAUCCUUCACUGAUCUCAGAUGUCUCGUUGAAUUUCGAGUCAGUGGACCCGGUUUUUAUCGCAUCGCUUCUUUCGCUAUGUGUACGCUUCAUGAGCGGCGAUGGGUUGGAAGACGAGGAGACGUAUGCGGGCUACGCGCAGAAACACCUUGCACAUCGUGUGAUGGAGGCUCCUUCACUUUAUCUCGCUCAGUCUUUGGUUAUGAUCUCGUUUUACGAAUGGGGCACUGGAAGACCGUAUCAGGCUUGGAUGUAUAGUGGAAUGGCCACAUAUAUGAUUCAGUCACUUCUUAAAAUGGCAGAUGACAGUAUGGAACACAGUCCACACGAAUUCCACGCCUCUCAAACACAGUACGAGCAGCUUGUUCGAACGUACUGGUGCUGCUUCGCACAGGACUGUGAGCUGAGCUCAGGUGCUCGGCAACAUUUCGCGCUGUCAUUCUCUCAAAUAUCAGUCCCACUUCCCAUCAGUGAUCGCGACUUCACGUUCAAUCAAUUGCCAGAACGGAGACUGAUGCCAGUUGACAUGAACAAGAAUUGUCCUCAGGCAAAUAAUCUAACAAUCGAGAACGGCCUGACAAUAGUAAUCAGAGGGUUUGACAUCUUUGUCCGGAUUCUUCGAUUCGCCAACGAACAUCGACGCUCUUUGGCAUCCUUCAACUCCGAUGAAUCGCCGACCCCACCCCUUCAUAAAACCUGGCAUCGACUCAAAUCUGAGCUGGACGAGUGGCGGUCACUUCAAGACAGAACUGUCAGAUACCCUGAUACUAGUGCUCAGGCUCAUGUCGCUUUAGGGUAUGGGGAAUUGUUUGCAUAUAUUAAUCUGCUCUAUUUCAUGAGCAUCGUCUUCCUCCACCGUGAUCGCUUCCUUUCUAAUCUCAAGCCGCACACCGAUGUUUUUCACGACAUGGCUGACGACGAUCAAUAUCAGCCUGACACGAUUCAACAACUGUUCGAGGCCGCACAGCAUAUCAGCAGUAUUCUGUCAGCACUGGAAGCCUCUGAGGCAUCCGUGAUGACUCCUUACUCAGGAUUUAGCGUUUUUGUUGCAGCACACAUUAACAUGUAUGGUACUCUCGUACCACAAAGAUAUCCAGGAGGGCUUGAUCGAGCAGAGGACGAAAAGACCCAUAAUAUGAUGUAUCUUGAACGACUGAGUACAUUGUGGCCGGUUGGUAGAAGUUGGUGGCGAACCGUUCAAGAUGCGAAUCGAUUCUACGAGACGGUGAAGAGUACCCAGACACACCCAGAAUCGGGCAUGCAUAGCCCUAGGCGGUUUGCAUUGGCAGGUACCUUGGACGAAUAUGGUGACAUUCGUUCGCGGCCUAGUCGCGAGCUACACACAACCAAAUCAAUGACGGCGGACGCUCGAGGAGAACAAAGCACGCGCCAAGCACACGGGCCCACAGUCUCACCCCCUGGCGACGAAGGCGAAGUGGCGUUUUUCCAGAAAGAUUCAAGUACAACCGGAAGUCAUCCUGAUCUUGAGACUGAUAUGUUUCAGUGGCCUUUCAUCGAUGCGUCUUGGUCUGUCGGGUUUGAUUCUGGGCUAGACGGCCUGUGGCAUCACUCAGGGUUGUUCGACCCGAACUCUGCGAUGAGGUGAUCAUUCAAGCCACGAAAGAAUAAAUAAAAGGAUCAUUUAACAUUGAUUAUGCAGUAUGUGGUAUCUAGGUAUAUUCUAUAGUACAUCAUCUCUUACUUGUGUCAUCGGCUCUCGCCGUCGGCACUUUCCACGGUCUGCGACACCGCGACCGUCUUUCUAAUUCCAUCAUCAUUAUAAAUUGAGUCGGCUGCCUCUGGGGCUCCGGCGAAAGAGAUCAGAUGGCUUUGGUCAUUUUGAUCGCCGAAAUUUGGCGUCUUGCCAAAGCGGCUGGCAGACUGAGAGUUGUUUCCAGACUUGCGAUCGCCCAUGUGAAUAUCGGAGCUCUGGUUGUAAUAUCGUUGAGAGGAGUACUCUUUCUGGUAGUGGCGGUAGAGCACGUUGAGAAUGGGAAGACAGGCGCAAAUCAAUCCGACGCCACCCUCGGCAUUACUGGUUAUUGUUAGGGGCUAUAAAUUUCCCAAAAGACGACGAGGUGGAACAACUUACCCGGACAUGAUGACACAAACGAACAAGAUACUCAUAUCGGAUGAAUUGCCAUUCUUCAGCACGAGGAUCAGUCGAUACACGCUGAAGCCGGUCGCAAGACCUCCGGCGCCAAGAAUUCCAAUCACGCGAAGCUUCCGACUGCGCGACAUUUGCAGGGACCAAGUCAAUGGCAACGGUAGAACGAGGAUUAUUAGGUCGCUCACGACACUGAUGACCGAGUCGGCGAUCAAGGCGGCAUUUUGAUCCAGACAUGAGCCUUCGCCGUUUGGAAGUUCUCCGAGCCAGUAUAGGGGAAUAGGGUAGCACAUCCGGAUCUUGAUGAUGAGGGCGAUGAUGUAAUAGACGCACAGGCAGCCGAGUAGGAUGUAGAUGAACCACACCUUGCCACGGUACGGAGCGAAGAUGCGAGUGAGGAUCGAUAGGAGGGCGAUUUUGACGAAGAGGGCCAUCGGGCAGUAGAGAAUGGUGGCGAUAUAGCAGAACUUCUUGUAUUGGAUCUGGGUUUCGUGGCUUAACUCGUCGAAGUGGUAACCUCCGCCAUGGUUUCCGAC